AUUUUAUUUGUGAUGAGAGGCUUCUUUGCUAUUACAAGAGCUUUCAUUGCCCCUAUUGCAAAAUAAACUUUUCAUUUCUCGUCCUAACAGUCUAAAAUUUAAAUGAGAAUGUAAUUUACAAAUUUUACUAUUACAAGUGUCAUAAACAAAAUUAACCACAUAAUUAGAUUAUCAUCUACCAUGUCUGGUUUACGUAUUGCUAAUUAAUAUGAUUUAUCCUUAUUUUCACUAUUAGAAGAAGCUUAAGGUAAUAUUUAAGAUUUAGUAUUAUUAGGUAUUAUUAUAUACAUAUCAAUUUUAAGAUGACUCGACUGAUUUGGAUAAUAGGCAAAUUGGUUUACAUUUAGGAUGUACAGAUUCCAAAUGAUACAAAAUAUUAUUAUUUUAAAUUAUUAUACCUAUC